AUGGACGAAGAUCAAGCCCUGUCAUCGCUCCUGAUGCAAUGGUAUCCGUCCACGGAAUACGAUCCUCUGGUCGUCUGCUUCGGCCUCGGAACUCGUCACGUAUGUCCGAGCUACUCUGACGGAAAAUCGCACAAAUUUCGCAUCGACGGUUACAAACCAACAUUCCGGUGGAAGCGAACUGGCAAAUAUUAUACUCUUUUUGCCACGGGCCACAAACGACCGAUUGCAAAACUCACUUCCGACCACUUGACCGCGACGUACCGACUGCAGGUCACCGGAACGACACUCGCUUCCUACCAUUCGCAAGACGGCCACGGCGCCGUAUCUUCCGUCUUACUAGACCACAUUGUCCUCACAUCUCUCCUCCUCGUCACCCCUCCUCUCGAAUGGCGUCGCAUCUCAGGUGCGACUGCCACCCGUACGUCCAUCGUGACGGGUACAGACGAUUUUGAGUUUGAGGAACCAGCCGCGUUCAUUUACACUCCUUCAUCCCAUCCACGUAAUCCAUUUCUAGACGGCGCUCAAUGUCGGCCGUCGUAUUUUGUCGGAGGCCUGCCGACUAUGGCGCCCCCGCCUCCACACCUUUUCGCCACAGAGGAGAGAGACAACUCUCUCGAGCUCCGACGACAGGCGAGCACUACUAGUAGUGCCUCUAGUCGCACCCUCGUUCAAAGUUUGGUCCACCGUGUACUGGCCAGCGUAUCGUCCAACGAUUCUCACCUGUUCCCAUCGUCGUCGACAGGCAACCUUCCACACUCGUAUGGCGGGAGCACCUCGUCACUGCGGAGCUCUAUCCCGGCUCGAUAUUGA